AUGAUACUAUCUCUCUUCCCACAGAUGACUUACCUUGAUGUUGUUCAAUCUCGGUCAUUAUUAGUUACAUUUCACAAUUCUGGGUAUAUCUGGUCAUUCGCUAAAGAGUGUCUUAUAUUUUUCUUAGUGUUCAGCUUAUUAUCAUGGAUUUCUAUGAAAAGAACAGCUUCAAAAGUAAUUUAUUGUUCAAUUAUAUUUUCACUAUUGAGUUCUCGACUAAUAACUGUUCAGUAUCCAGAUAAAAAUCUUAUAGCAAUUGCUUCUUUCUAUUCUGGAGCUGUUGCUUGUGUUUCACAAUUAAUUGCAAAUUUUUUCAAGUCAAAGCGGCCAUACAAGGUUCUAAUAGGUCUAACUAUAUUCGUAGCUAUCAUAUCCCCAAGUUUUACAUCAAAUCCAUUGAUAAUUCGAAACCAAAAAUCAGAAUUAUUCACAGACAAUAUGAGAUUUGCUGCAGAAUGGGCAGUGAAGAAUACUAAUCCAUCAGAUAUAUUCUUUAGCGAAGAUAGAAACUUUGAUCCUUUCGUUAUUUUGGCUGGAAGAAAUACUCCUAUUGGACAAACAAAUCUAUUAGAAUAUUCAGGUGGAAACGUACCACAGAUGAAGAGAAAUCUUAAUUAUCUAUACAGAUCAAUAGCGAAUCCGAUGGUUCUGAAAAAUUAUAAAAUUGAUUACGUAUCAAUUGUUGCAAACUCAACAAUGUUCUUUGGAAAACAAGUUAGCCAGUCAGAGUUGUUCACCCAUGUGUUUACACAUGGAAAUAUUUCACUUUAUAAAGUUGUGAAAGAAAAUCUUAAUGUUUAG